GCCUGCUAAGGCUGAAGCAUGUCUUUUUCGACGCUACGAGGCAACCAGGAGACCAAGUCAAGUCAAAUCAGUCAGUCACGCUUCGAUACGAGCCGCAGCAGCGCUCCGAAGAUUCUAUUCUGGUCUGCCUGCCUCGAUAGGAACUGGAACGUUGCGUCCGUGAAGUCUGUUUGACGUGUCAGACUUGAGGUAGAAGCUAAGUUAACCGUUCAAACGAGCAAGCCAUUGUUGCAGGAUGCAUUUCAAGGAGGAAACCCAAGAAGAUAGGAAAUGGAGUCCUUGAGAAUCGCAUCUUCUUUGGGUUGCAAGCAUUCUACCAAUUGUUCCGCCGCAUUGGGUGUUAGUGCAUUUCGGUCUUUAGAAAACCAGUACGGUGACUUCUGCCGGAAAAUCCUACUUCAUCGGAGACAAGAAAUCGGGGAAUCCCUCUCGUCGGCGAUAAUUUUUUCAUUGAUUCUGUUUUUGUUUUUAUGUCUUUAUACCAUGACGAUGAAUAGGGUCGGCUUUAACGUCAUCUUCACCUUUGGUGAAUGUGAAAGGAUUCCGGACGACGAUGUUCGCAAACGAAAACGAGGAUGUAUAUAAGGUGGCCGAUGUGGUGGGAGGUCAAGGAACACGGUCUACUACUAACAUUCCCUGAAUACUGAGUCAAGAUGAAGUUUAAUAAACUCU